CUGGGGUGGUGGGAUCUUUCUGAUAUUUGGAGCUGAUCUUUGGAAAGAGGGGAGGCUAGCACACCAACCAGACCCUCAAAAGCCUUGAGGCAUCAGGAUGCUGGAAGGCGUGGGCGGUGGUGCAGUUUUGGGCUCAGUUGGGAGUGUGGAAAGUUCCUUGCUGCCCCUGGAGCUCUGAGGAGGGCAGGAGCUUCCCUUGCCUGGGCCUUGUAUUUAACCUGUUUUUCUCCACGGAGUGAAUCCCACUUUGAACCAAAGCACAAGUCAGUGGUGAGCCCAGCUCUGAAGACCCGGGGACUCAGAGUUAACACUGACUGGGAAGCUUCCCCUGGUCCCAAGUGGAAAGUAAAAUGGGCUCCAAGGCAGCCGCAGGCGGAGGAGGACCAAAUUCAGCAAAACCCAAUACGAGGUUCUUAUUGAGGCCUUUGAAAGGGAUCCAUACCCUGACAUCACCAUGAGAGAAGAGCUGUCCAGACGAAUCCAGACUGCUGAGUCUCGGAUCCAGGUGUGGUUCCAGAACAGGAGAGCUCGAAUGCCAAAGAGCACCCAGAGGAGGCCCAUUGUGGAGGCUGACGCCCUGGCUCCAGAGCCCACCCAGGGUGCUGUCUGCACCCCCAGCUGUUCUUGCCAGCGAGGAUGUCUGGGGGUCCCGAGCAAUGCUUGCUGUGUCGCCUGGGAGCCAGAGGGUGCUCCUGGUCAGGCCACGCUCUUGGGACGUGCUGGUGUCCUGAGCAUGAGCAUGGCCUGGCCUGGCCUAAAGACGCUGGCCAGUGUGCCGGGGCCCUUCGGGGACUUCUGUCGCUCCCAUGCCUCAGGCUUCAGCCCUGCAGCACUGUGUCCUCUUCCUGCUCCCCAACAGCCCUUCUCACAGCUGGAAGCUGUUGGAGAUUCUGGCCUGGUGUGUGGAGACCAGGCCCUGCAGGGAUGGGGGCAGCUCUCCCCCUCCGGGGAACAGCAGCCAUGGUGGGGCUGGCAGCCUCCGCCCGCUCUGCCGUCAGGGAUGGUGGCCCAGCAGCCACUGUCCCAGACCCCUCUGCCUGGGGAGCAUAGGCUGCACCCGGCCUCUCCGUCUGCCCUAGCUUCCCCUCCAGCCUGUGGGGGCAGCUGCCCGGAAUCAGGAGCGGUUUGCAUCCCUCCUCUGUCGGCAGGACUCUGGGGGGCAGUCCCCGGGCACCUGGCCCCUGCCACCACAGCUGCAGGGGCAGCAUCUGAAGGUAGGUGCGGUGGGUGGCAGGCAGGUGAAGUCAGCUGUGGCUCAUCUGUACUUUAAUACUAGGCAAAGUCAUAAAGGAAUGAGAAGAUUGUGCACUUCCUGCAGAGAGAGCCCCCUGCAGUGUACGUCUUGGGAGUGAAGUGGCCACACGGAGGGACAUGUAGUGCAGAGGAAAGAGGCAGGCACAGGGCCUUAGAUGGGAGAAAAGGGAUUUGCAGAAAUACCUAUGUCCCGCCUUUUAUUAUUGAGAAGCAUGAGCACUUACAAUGUCCUGUGAACUCCUGGAAGGGGCUCAGGAGCGGGAGGGCAGCCUUUGGCGGGGGUUGGGGGUGGGUGUCUAAUGAGCAAUAAAGUGUGAGCAUUCAGACUGGCCAUUUCUAUGCUCCUCAAUGCACCCACCCCCACCACUUGGCUAUGCCUGGCCUUCACAGUGCUCCAUGGCCUGUCCCCUGCAUGUCCCUGUGUCCCACCCUGUGGCUCUUACUGAAUGCUGACCCUGUCCCUGGCACUGGGCAAACUGUUCCUGAAAACAAGCCCUUCUCUCCCCACUUGCCCCUCAGGGCCUAGUGCAAAUUGCAAGCCGGAGAUGAUGGGUCUGGAUAGAGAAGAAUUGGGAGGGUCUCUCCGGUUCACACCAUGUAAUCCGGGCCCCUCCAAUGUCUACUGGCCACCUACAGAGGGAGAGAGAUGCUGAGAGAGAGGGGGUUGGGAGUUAGCCCGCAUGGGGUCUCCUGCUUGGCCAUGAGGGCUGGCGGGGUCCCUCCCUCAUGGUUCGGGGAAUCAUAAAGACCUCUCUCAUUCACUUGAGAGCCUAUACCUUUCAGGUUGCAGAGAAACAAAGGUUAGCUUUCCCCUAUUUAUAAAUAAGGAUCUGUGUAAGGCAGGUGGAUUUGAGGAGAUCCAGUUCGCCACCUUCUGAAUUGGAGGAAACCAGGCUGGGUGUGAAGGCUGGUCCACAGAAAUGCUGUCAGUCACAUUCCACCUACCUUGCUACCUCACCAUUCCAUGAAGCAAAAGGCUGGCACUCAAAAACCAUCAAUCCUUCAUCCCCUACCUGUCCCCUUUGUCAGGUAAGACCUGGAGGGGCCCCUCCAGCCUGAGUAGUGGAAAUUGGAUCUAUGUGAGCACCAUGGGCUCAGCACACCGUCCCAGAGUCCCCUACGCCUGGUUUCCUUCCCUGAAUGACAGUCCCAGCUGCCUAGGGGUGUGGCUCCUACCAGAAGGCUCCUGGAGGGCAGAGCCUCAGGCUGCCCUGUGCAUCUGGAGGUUGUCAGGCCCUGUCCUUCUGUAUCUGUCCUGGUGGGGGGAUGUUCUGGAAUUUCCAGGCCAAGCUGCAUGGCAGGGGAUACAGCAGCUGUCCUAUCCCCAGGAAUUGGGUGAAGGUGUGGCUGCCCACUGAGCUAAAGGCUAGGGUUUUCUCUCAGACUUCCUUUCUGUCUCUUAAAUGCCUUACGGUGUGUGAAAUCCACAUUGGAAUGUAUUGACAAAUACUAAUUGGCCUUUGCUAUGUGCCAGGUGGUGGUAGGGAUGAAAGACAGAAGAUAACUACUCAACAGCCAUUUAUUGUAUACCAAGGGGGAAGCCCGGCUCUGAUUCCACCUGUGCUGGGACGCAGAUUAGGCUUCAGC